AUGGAUGAAGUCAAGCUGGCCUGUUCAAGCUCAGAUGAGCGUGGGGCCCAGGAGGUCAGGACUCAGAUGGAUGGCCUGCCAGACCUCUGCAAGCAAAUCCUACAGCUGCUUUGCACCAGACUUAGUGACCACUCCAUCAUGGUAAAACAAGAAGAGCUGCGGCUCAUGCAGAGGAGCUCGUACUACUUGGAAAUCAAACGCCACGAUUUGCCGCCGACUGCGGAUGAGCAGCACCACCCUAUGCACAUCUCUGACAGCAUGCUUUGGAAUCUCAUUGACACGUGGAGGCUGCAGCGUGCCAUGGCCCUGGCCAGCAGCCAGGUGGAGCUCCUCCUCACCAUGAUGGGACUGCUCUAUGAAGAGAUCCUGAGUGGCUGUCAAGAGCUGAAGGCCUUCAUCGUUGCGUACAACCAGGGUUUGGCGGACAGCGACAUGGCAGCUCACAUACAGCAGAGGCUUUUGCAGACCUGCGAGUACUUGAACGACUUUGAGAGCAGAAUGGCUCGGAAUCUGGGCCCGCUGAACCUGCGGAACCAGCUCAUACCCAACACAAGCAACUCCCCCAGAAUACGGCUCAGUGCAUCACUGGCAAUCAAGUUGCCGGUGAAGAUCAACAGACUGGAGUUGUUCGCGACAUCGAACACCGUGGAUCUGCAUUGGGAAGUCGCUGGCGAGCAGUCUCCGGACCUGGACCAAGAGUUUGAGAUCCAGAUCCAAAGCCUUCACCCAACUACUGCUGAGCAUGGGGACGUUACUAAAUCUACAUGCCAGUCGUACAGCGUACAGGUCACUAACCUGAUACCUGGCAGGUACUAUGAGUUCUCUAUCAAGAGAGUAGAUGCAGUGAACUUGGUGUAUGGACUCUGGACCGACACCAUUGUCUUGAAGACCUUGGAUGUUUCCAGCAAGGAGCAAGAUGUCCCCGUUUGA